UCCUGUAAUUAGCAGAGUUACUCCCUCACAGAGCCAACAAGCUUCGGCACGUUCCUCCUGUGGGUUUCCUCUGGAUCCUCCAGUUUCCUAAAGGCAUGCCAAUUGUUAAGUUAAUUGGCUACUGUAAAUUGUCCCUAGUGGGCAGGUGAAUGGUCGAAUUGGUGAAAAUAUGGGGAGAAUGGAAUCUAAAUCUAGAGGCUCAGUCACUGCCAGGAUGCCAGACUUCCAGGAUCCAGUUCCAAUGGACACACGCUAAAAGGUUUAGGAGCACUACCUCUCUGUUCUCUCCUGAUGAGUGCUGUCAGCACUUUAUUGUGUUUGGAUUUUCAGCAUGUUUUGGGCUCGGUUUUCCAUUCCAAAGUGCUCAGUGAACCCAAGCUGCUUUCAGUUCUGCAAAACCAUCAUGUUCUUUUGAUGUGGCAAUGUGUGUAGCCAACGGGUAGAACAAUCUGGUUCAGUUUAGUGAAAAGUGCAUUUAUCCCAGAGUAUGUGAGUGUACUGGAUACUGAGUUACUCCAUAAAUAGUUGCACUGCUCCAGAUUGUCUCAGUGGUCUUGUAGUAAACUCUCUAAUUUGACAUUGACACCCUGUGUUUAGGCUUGGGCUGGUCUGGUUAAGACUGCAUAGUUUUUGAGUAGGAAGGAAUGUGGCACUGGUGUCCCCUUCUGUACUUGGUUCCAACAAAUAAUAGUCUCUUUUUCUUGGCAUCAUGACUUUUAAUUAGUUCUGGUCAAUCCCCUGUUCCUAUAUAAUCUCAAGGACAGUCAGUUCCAACAUUUUGAUACCAUUUUCCUCCCCUGAAUACUGGGCAUCAGAUUUUCUAGUUCUUUUUUAAGCAGAACGGAUUAAAUGUGUGCCUUUUUAUCUGAGACGUUUCAGAUUUAAGUUGUGCUGAGCCCAUCGUUCUCAGCAGAAUGUCCAUUGCUGGUAUCGCAACUGAAUUUAUCUUAUCUGAUUCCCUCAUCCGGGAACCAAAAGAUUCAAGAGCAAAAAGCUUGCGCUUAGAGCUGCCUACUGACCGGUUGAUUAAAUUUAUCUCCGUGGGACUUCCUCUUCUUCUGGUCUCGGCUGCACUGGCAAAGGAAAUCUCCCUUCGAUCACAAAUAACCUGUUUCCCACCCAAUAACUUCUCGCUGAAGCAGGGUGCCUAUGUAGACUUAUACUGUUGGGAGACUCUGCUCCACCAUCAACUCCACCCCAACAACAACAUGCAGACAUCACUCUGGAUUCAUAAGGUGUUUCCAUAUUCCCUGCUGGCGAUUGGUAUGACCAUGUACCUUCCUGCUUUAAUCUGGAAAGUGUUUGUUACUCCAAUUCUGACGGCAGACCUUCUUUUUAUUAUUGACGAGUUGGAUAAAGCUUACAAUCGGUCAAUUAAAGUGGUUCAGCUGAUUCUGAAGAAAUACGAGAACAACCCCAAUGCCAAGAGUCUGAUCCAAGAGGAACUGGACAGGGCUCGAAGGGAGAAGUUACUUGAGUUUCCACUCCUACAGCGUUACCUUGCCUGCAAGAAUCGCUCGUAUUACUAUAUUUGCAUGUACUACAUGAGACAGUCCCUUCUGCUGGUGUUCAUUGCUGCUGCGUGCCUCUACCUCAUCUAUUGCCAUUUGCCUGCAUUUUUCCUGGAUCAAUUCAGUUGCUCCAUUAAAUCAGGACUCCUGACCAAUGAUCCCAAUGUUCCUGAUGUGAUUCAGUGUAAGCUAACCUCAUUGACCAUCUUCAAGAUGAUUAGUGUGGUUAACGGGACUGUUUAUGUGCUCUUAGUCCCCAUGAUCAUUCACAAUCUCCUGAAGCUUUGUUGCUGGGAUAAACAAUUUCUGGCUGUAUAUCAGAUGCUUCCUGCAUUCGACCUGGUCAGUAAGAAGAUGCUGGGCUGUGCACUGAAUGAUCUCAACAUCGUUCUCCACUUCCUGCGCGCAAACAUUAAUCAGCUUGAGUCGUUCAGUCGCCUUUCAGUCCUGUGUAUUGUGAAGGAUGUGAGUGCAGGAAGGAAGGGCCAUACGCUGGUUGAUAUGAUGACACUCCUUGUGGGACUAGAUACCUAUGAAGAUGGCGGCUGUACUAAUGCUGGUGGUGGAAAUGGGCCCCCUGGACUGCAGCAACGAAAGUACUUGGAUACUCAGGGUUACUUUCGGACAAGAGAAGCAACAGAUUGGACCUGCAGUGAACUCCAGAGCUCUUCAAGCUGCUGAAAGAACGACAGCAACAACUACAACAAUCUGCCACAUUAGUUCUCAUAUAUGGAUUUGUAAUAAAACUAUUAAAGCUAGUUCACAUAAUAUGUUUGAAGUAUUAUUCAGAUGGAAACAAAAUGCAAGAUACAUUACUUGUUGACAUGUAUUUAUUCCUGGUACUUGCAGGGGAGUGGCCAGUACAACACCUGUUCUGCCAGGUAAGGAUACUACCUGAGCUUAGCAUUGGGCGGUGUACAUCAGUAGCAUAUAUUUUGUUACUACAUCAUGGCCUGAUGUGUAGAUUUGCCUGUUAUGUAUUAACCCUCUCGCUGGUUUAGUAAAUGUAAAAUAUCCCAUUGUAUUCUUAGAAAUAAAACAGGAUCACUAUCUCAGUGAGCAAGCUAUCCUUCAGUCAACGUGAGAUUAUCUGCUCUUUAUCAUACUGCUGGUUAUGAGAAUAUGCUUCCUGCACCACUGGCAUGAAUUGUCUAAACAUGGGUUGAAUGUGCAUAUUACAUGGACAAUGAUGUGAAGUGUGCUGGAAUGCUGGAAAUGGAAUUGGCUUAUUGUCAGGUGUACUGAGAUACAAUGAAAAGCCUGUCUUGCACAGAUCAAAUCUUUACAUAUUGCAUUGAGGUAAAACAAUAACAGAGUAACAGCUCAGAGAAAAUGCAGUACAGGUAAACAAUAAGUUGCAAGAUCAAAAUGAGAUACAUUGUGAGGUAAAGAAUCCAUUUUAUCUUACUUGGGAGCCAUUCAAGAGACUGAUAACAGUUGGGUGGAAACUGUCCUUUGGUGGUAUGUGGUACGUACUUUCAGGCCUUUAUGUAUCUUCUGCCUGAUGGGAGAGGGGAGAAGGGAGAAUGUCCGAGAUGGGUGGGAUCUUUGCUGACUGUUUUACCUAGGCAGUGAGAAGUAUAGACAGAGUCCAUGGAGGGGAGGCUCUUUAGAGAUUUGUCCACAACUCUGUGUGCAAAACAGUUCAAAGUACAUUUAUUAUCAAAGUAUGUAUACAUUAUACAACAUUGAGAUUCAUCUCCUUACAGGCAACAGCCACAAAACAAAAGAACACAUUAGAGAAAGACCAUCAAACACCCAAUGUUCAGAGAGGAAAAAAACAAAUCAAAAGCAAGCAAACAGAUUCAAAACUGAAGUUUUAUGAAAGAUACGAAGCCAGCCAUCAGCAGGAGCAGGCCACAGUCUCAGUUUAGCGUAGAGCAGACCGUCUCUUGCCUCCGGUCCCAACACCCUGAACUUUUCAAUUUGUCCCGGACAAGUAGGAUGCAAAUGUUUGAUCACAUUAGUAUUAGCUAGCACAUUAGGGAUAGCUUUCCUGUUUUCCUUGAAAAAAAUACAUUUUACAAAAGAGUAGAGAACCUUAGUUGAAAAAAUUAUCUUAAAGAUAACAUUGGCUGCAGUGCAGUAUCAGUUUAUGAAGGUCAUUGCAGUUGGAGACAUCAAGCAGGGGCAGCAAUGAAAUUCGACAAGGCAUGAGAAAGGAAGGACAUAUUAAACGUCAUAGUGGAUGGGUUCCCCCCGAUGUAGAUGGUCCUCUGAUGGUCCCCCAGGCUGCUCUGGGAGGCUGGACAUUUGACGGAGAUUUAUAAAUCUUCACUGGCCACAGAUCAGGUUACCAGAUAGAUGUGGUACUUCUGUUCAAGAAAGAGUGUAGGGAACAGCCAAAUAAUUACUCCUCUGUGAGUCCACAGUCAGAGGCAAAGAGGUUAUUGGACUCAGAAUCUGGGGACCGAAAGGCAAGGAUGGAUCAGUGAUAAGUCAGUAUGGCUUUUCCUGGGUGGAGGUCGUGUCUGGUCAGUUUAAUUGAAAUUUUUAAGGUUUUGAUGAGGCCGGUGCACUUGAUUACAUGGACCUCAGUGAAAACUUUUAAUAAGUCCCUGCUUGUGACCUUGACCAAAAGGUUAGAGCCCAAGGGAUUAUGAGAUCAUAGGAUAUAGGAGCAAAAUUAGACCAUUUGGCCCAUCAAGUCUGCUCUACCAUUUCUCUCUCAGCCCUGACCUUCUCCCUGUAUCCCUUCAUGCUCUGAUUAAUCAAGAACCUAUUAACUUCAACCUUAAACAUACUGAAUGACCUGGUCUCCCCAGCCACCUGUGGGAACGAAUUCCACAGAUUCACCAUUCUCUGGCUAAAGCAGUUCCUCCUCAUCUCUGUUCUAAAUGGAUGUCUCUAUUCUGAGGCUGCACCCUCUGGUCGUAGACUCCCCACAAUAGGAAACAUCCUCUCCACAUCCACUCUCUCGAGACCUUUCAACAUUCAACAUUGAAAUCCCCCCUCAUUCUUCUGAAUUCGAGUGAGUACAGGCUGAGGGUCAUCAAUCGGUCCUCAUAUGGUAACUCUUUCAUUCCUGGAAUUAUUCUUGUGAACCUCCUUUGAACCCUCUCCAAUGUUAGCACAUCUUUUUCUUGGAAAAGGGGGUACAGAUCACAACGGGAGAUAGAAAAUGCAUGCCAAAAGGGCAAUGUUCCAAUAGUCAUGGGGGAUUUCAAUAUGCAGGUAGACUGGGAAAACCAAGUUGGUGCUGGAUUCCAAGAGGGGGAAUUUCUAGAAUGCCUACGAGAUGGGUUUUUAGAGCAGCUCAUGGUUGAGCCCAUGAGGGGAUCAGCUAUUCUGGAUUGGGUGUUGUGCAAUGAACCAGAAUUGAUUAGAGAGCUUAAGGUAAAAAGAACCCUUAGGGGCAAAUGUUCAUUAUCUGAUCAAAUUCACCCUAAAAUUUGAAGGGAAAAGCUAAAGUCAGAUGUAUAAGUAUUACAGUGGAGUAAAGGGAAUUACAGAGGCAUGAGAGAGGAGCUGGCCAGAAUUGAUUGGAAAAGAAUGCUGGUAGGGAUGAUGGCGGAGAAACAGUGGCUGGAAUUUCUGGAAGCAAUUCAGAAGGCACAGGAUAUAUACAUCCCAAAGAGGAAGAAAUAUUCUAAAGACAAGAUGACACAACCAUGGCUAACAAGAGAAGUCAAAGCCAACAUAAAAGCCGAAGAGAGGGCAUAUAAUGGAGCAAAAAUUAGUGGGAAUUUAGAGGAUUGGGAAGCUUUAGAAAGCCAACAGAAGGCAACUAAAAAAGUCAUUAAGAAGGAAAAGAUGGAAUACGAAAGUAAGCUAGCCAAUAAUAUUAAAGACGAUUCCUUCAGAUACAUAAAGUAUAAAAGAGAGGUGAGAUUGGAUAUCGAGGCCUCACUAAUGUCUUAUGAAGCCUCAUUAUUACAUCCUUGUUUUUAUAUUCUAGUCCUGUGGAAAUGAAUGCUAACAUUGCAUUUGCCUUCCUCACCACUGACUCAACCUGCAAAUUAACCUUUCGGGAAUAUUGUAGGAGAAAUUCUAUGUUCCUUUGCAGCUUGGAUUUUUGAACUUCCUCUCCAGUUUGAAUAUAGUCCACCCUUUGAUUUCUUCUACCAAAGUGCAUGACCAUGCACUUCCCAACACUGUAUUUCAUUGGUCACUUUUUUGCCCAUUCUCUUAAUCUGUCUAAACCCUUCUACAGCCUCCCUGCUUCCUCAACACUACCUGCGCCUCCACCUAUCUUCAUAUUGUCCACAAACUUGACCACAAAGUCAUCGAUUCCAUUAUCCAAAUCAUUGACAUUAAACAUAAAAAGAAUCAGUCACAACACCGACCCCUGUGGGACACCACUAGUCACCGGCAGCCAAACAGAAAAGGCUCCCUUUAUUCCCACUCUUUGCCUCCUGCCAGUCAACCAAUACUUCGGUGCUAGUAUCUUUCCUGUAAUACCAUGGGCUCUUGUUAAGAAACUUCAUAUGCGGCACCUUGUCAAAUGCUUUUUGAAAAUCCAAGUACACAACAUUCACCAUUUCUCCUUUGUCCAUCCUGCUUGUUAUUUCCUCAAAGAAUUCCAACAGAUCGGUCAGGCAAGAUUUUCCGUUAAGGAAACAAUGCUGACUAUGGCCUAUUUUAUCAUGUGCCUCCAAGUACCACAAAACCACAUCCUUAAUAAUCAACUCCAACAUCUUCUCAAGUACUGAUGUCAGACUAACUGGCCUAUAGUUUCCUUUCUUCUGCCUCUCUCCCUUCUUGAAGAGUUAAGUGACAUUUACAAUUUUCCAGUCAUCCAGAGAUCCAUUCCAGAAUCAAUUGAUUCUUGAAAGAUUGUAACUAAUGCCUCCACAAUCUCUUCAGCUAAUCUCAUCCAGGACCCUGGGGUGUACAACAUCUGGUCCAGGUGAUUUACUUUCCUUCAGACCUUUUAGCUUCCCAAGCACCUUCUCCUUAGUAAAAGUAACUUCACUCCUGCCCCCCGACACUCUCAAGUUUCCAGCAAACUGCUAGUGUUUUCCAUAGUGAAGACAGAUGCAAAAUAGUCAUUCAGCUCAUCUGCCAUUUCCUUGUCCCCCAUUACUAACUCUCCAGCAUCGCUUUCCAGCAGUUUGAUAUCUACUCUCGCCUCUCUUUUUACUCUUUAUACAUCUGAAUAAACAUUUGGUAUCCUCUUUAAUAUUAUUGGCUAGCUUACCAGGGCAACUUGGCAAACUUGAUCCAAAUUUGGAUUUGUAAUUUGUAAUGGCAGCUUUUGUUACUGGAAUACUAUGACUACUGGUAUACCACAGGGUUCAUUGCUGAGACUUGUACUUUUUGAAACGUCCAUUAACAAUUUGAUUGUGAACGCAGGAAUUUAGUAGGUAACAGGAAAGUAUCCUGAUCGGUGGCAUCUUCGUCUGGUGUGGCGACUGCUCUCCUCCGGAACCUGCAGAGUGGUAAAUCACAGGCUCACCAUAGAUGCCUGC